CUUGACCUUGGCCACGGAGGAGGGGCAGGGCCUGCCGGGCGGCGGCCGUGGCCGCCAGAGGGGGCAGCGACUGCGAACUUGCUCAACUCCGCACCGCCUUCUCCAGCCUCCUACCCGUCCGCCCCGCCCCGGCCGGCUAAGGACCGCAGAACCGCGCGGUCGCAGACUCGCCGAGCCCCCGCCGCGGGGAUGGGCGCGCUGCUUCGAGCACUCUUGCUCCCGCUGCUGGCGCAGUGGCUCUUGAGAGCGGUCCCCGUGUUGGCCCCCGCGCCCUUCACGCUGCCCCUCCAAGUGGCCGGGGCCAUGAACCACAGAGCCUCGGCUGUUCCCAGGCUCGGGACCCCCGAGUUGCCCCGGGCGGAUGGCCUGGCCCUCGCACUGGAGCCUGUCAGAGCUACCGCCAACUUCUUGGCUAUGGUGGACAACCUUCAGGGGGACUCUGGCCGCGGCUACUACCUGGAGAUGCUGAUCGGGACUCCUCCGCAAAAGGUACAGAUUCUUGUGGACACUGGAAGCAGUAACUUCGCUGUGGCAGGUGCCCCACACUCCUACAUAGACACCUACUUUGACUCAGAGAGCUCCAGCACAUACCACUCCAAGGGCUUCGAUGUCACUGUGAAGUACACACAGGGAAGCUGGACUGGCUUUGUUGGUGAGGAUCUUGUCACCAUCCCAAAAGGCUUCAACAGCUCUUUCUUGGUCAAUAUUGCCACUAUUUUUGAGUCUGAUAAUUUCUUUUUGCCUGGGAUUAAGUGGAAUGGAAUCCUUGGACUUGCUUAUGCUGCCUUGGCUAAGCCAUCAAGCUCUCUGGAGACCUUUUUUGAUUCUCUGGUGGCCCAAGCAAAGAUUCCAGACAUUUUCUCCAUGCAGAUGUGCGGGGCUGGAUUGCCAGUAGCUGGAUCUGGUACCAACGGAGGUAGUCUUGUCCUGGGUGGGAUUGAACCAAGUUUGUAUAAAGGAGAUAUCUGGUAUACCCCAAUUAAAGAGGAGUGGUACUAUCAAAUAGAGAUCCUGAAAUUGGAAAUUGGAGGCCAGAGCCUCAACCUGGACUGCAGAGAGUAUAAUGCAGACAAGGCCAUUGUGGACAGCGGCACCACACUCCUGCGCCUGCCCCAGAAGGUGUUUGAUGCAGUAGUGGAAGCCGUGGCACGCACAUCUCUGAUUCCAGAGUUUUCUGAUGGCUUCUGGACGGGGGCCCAGCUGGCAUGCUGGACAAAUUCUGAAACGCCAUGGGCAUAUUUCCCUAAGAUUUCUAUCUACCUGAGAGAUGAGAACGCUAGUCGCUCCUUCCGGAUCACCAUUCUGCCACAGCUCUACAUUCAGCCCAUGAUGGGAGCUGGUUUCAAUUAUGAAUGCUACCGUUUUGGUAUCUCCUCUUCUACAAAUGCGCUGGUGAUUGGUGCCACGGUGAUGGAGGGCUUCUACGUGGUCUUUGACAGAGCUCAGAGGAGGGUGGGCUUUGCAGUGAGUCCCUGUGCAGAGAUGGCAGGUACCACAGUGUCUGAAAUUUCUGGGCCCUUUUCCACGGAAGACAUAGCCAGCAACUGUGUUCCAGCACAGGCUCUGAAUGAGCCCAUCUUGUGGAUUGUGUCCUAUGCCCUGAUGAGUGUGUGUGGAGCCAUUCUCCUGGUUCUGAUCCUACUCCUGCUGCUCCCGCUGCACUGCCGACAUGCCCCCCGAGACCCGGAGGUAGUUAACGAUGAGUCCUCACUAGUCAGACAUCGCUGGAAAUGAAGAGCCUCAUCUGAACUCCAGCAGCCUCGAACUCAGCUCUUCCAAGAGGGACAUCUCCGGUUGGCUUCUCUGUCCAUUAGUCUGGAACCUCAACUGUGCGUCUGAAUGCCUUCCAGACUCGCUGUAUCUUGAUUACUCUUGAUUUCCAAGUUUUCAGAUCUUUUCUACUUCAGAGAAAAAUGAUAAUAAAAACACCUCAAACCAAAACAGUGCAUUGGGCUUCAGGCUUUAUGGGACUGGUUAUGCCAAACUGCCCAGUGUACCACCAAAACCAAAAACAACCCAAACAAAGAAAAAAACAGGCAAGCCAUGGUUAGUUACUAUAGUCUCUUCAACCUCAGGAAAAAAAUGUGUGCAUUCAGUUGCUUGCUCUCUUGCCUAGAGGACACUUUCGGUUAUGACCAUAUUAAAGGGUAUUUUGUACUAGACUACUGUCUUAUCUAGAACAAGUGAGAAGCCUUUCAAUAUACUAGCAGAAGUAGACCCGAGCCAGAUGAGAGAGUCACACAGCCUUCUUCUGUACCUGACUGUACUAUAGGACCUUGAGUAGGUCUCAGGCUCCCCAGUAAUGAGAAUCCACACACAGAUCACACUCUCCCUUGCCAGGAAGGCAGAGUGAGAUAGCAUUCAAAUGAAAUGUAGUAUCUUUGGCAUGCAGGUAAAGAUGCCACUUGUGUGGCUUGGCCAGUGUUCUGAGUUUGGGUAGGGUUCAGGCAGCUUGGUUCCCACUAUUGCCCUGGCCUGUACAAUGAGGCGGAACAGGUGCUGGGCUACAUGCUGCUCUUGACAUUCUGUCACCAAACUGGCCAUGGUCACAUACACUUGCUCAGAUUUCAAGUUAAUUAAUCAUGUUUUAAUGAGGAAAACAAACUCUCUCAUCUCUGCUGCCAUAAUUGUUUCUUUUCUCUAAAUCUUCUUUGGAACUAAAUUGGUAAUUACUGAUCUGGGAAAUGGAGACAUGGCCAGAUGCCUGUGCUUCUGACCAGCUGUCAGGGAAGGGAAACUCGUGACUUGGAGUCAUUUACACUUUUUUGAGUCCUUUGAAGCCAUGCAUUUCCCUUCAUAAGACGCCUUGGGCCCAAGUGUACCAAUCCAAAGCAACUUGAAAGCACCUGACUGGCAGGUAACUUCUGUGAUUCUCCCCUGAGGGGGAUGGGGGGAGUUGGGGCAUGGUAAAGCCUUGGCAAUGGGAGAUCAGCAGUACCUUUAUUUAGUGCCAUUUGAGACCUUUGCCAAAGAAAAGUGGAAGCCUGGUACUCCAUGGGGCCACUUGUUGAUGAUGGAAUGGUUAAUUGACAUACAAAGUCACCUUGUGGCAGCCCCUCCCCCACUCCUGUGCCAAGUUCAGUGUUCACUUUGUGAUGCUACCUGCUACCAGGAUAGGUUGGACAUGAAACAUUCCACCCAGGGUGCUAAGCAGCCCCUCCAGCAGGAAGGUCCUUGGUGUUCACAAGUCUGUGUGGAUGUCUCAACCAUCCGUUCUGCUCACCUGGUCACCUCCGUAUUGAGAAACACAUGGCCAUGCCAGGGACACUUAAGAGCCAUCCAGGAAUGUCACCAUGAGCUAGAAGACUUCCCCAGCAGCCAGAGGAACCUUCUGUGAGAUUCUCGUGUGAGAGGAGCUGAGCUGUUGAAGAAGAAAGAUCCAACCGAAGCAGGGAUAACAUUGUAUUCUCAAAUGCUCACAGGUGUGUCCAGCACGCUCUGGUUGAGCGUAAUUUCAAAGUGCAUUACAGAGCUGGAAAUCUCUGGAUGUGGGAUCUGUUCACCUGUUGAUUUUUCCAUUGAUUACUAUCUUCUAGUCAGGUUUAUAUGGAAAAGAACCAAGUUCUCCGAGACUCUGCCUCCCUUCCCUGUUCUGUGAGGACUCUGAAUCCCUGAAACAGGAGGACUGCUCAAUCU